CGCCGAGUUUGCCAAGAGUCGGAACUGCGGGAGGUGGGCGCGGACGGGUCCCCGCGCCCUGCGGGGCCCGGGGUCAUUGUCUCCCCCGAGCUGGACGCCGGUGGAGUCUCCAUUUUAAUUACUGGCCGAAUCGGAGCUCCUUCCCCCCGCCCCCGGCGGCGAGGGAAGCGCCGGGCGGACGCGGCGCGGGGCGCGCUGCGCUCGGGUCGUGCGGGGGAGCGGGUCCCCCGCCGGCCGUGGGUCCUCCGCAGCCGCGUCUUUGUUUCCCGGGACAUGGUCAGUGCCUCUCUUGUUUGCUGCUCCCCGAGGCCCAGUGCAUCUUCUGUCUGCACUCUGUGGUUGAGCUUUGAGUCAGCACGGGGCCCCCCUGAGUCUACCCGUCCUCAUGGUGGCUGUGCUGCUGUGGUCCACCCCUUGCUCUGUGAGGCUGUAGAAGAAACAACAGAAGACUUCCAGAUGAACAACCGAAAGGAAGAUAUGGAAAUUGCAUCCCAUUACCGGCACCUGCUCCGUGAGCUGGAUGAACAGAGGCGGCACGGCGUCCUGUGUGAUGCUUGCGUUGUGGUGGAGGGCAAGGUCUUCAAGGCGCACAAGAAUGUUCUGCUGGGCAGCAGCCGCUACUUUAAAACGCUCUACUGCCAGGUGCAGAAGGCGUCUGACCAGGCCACGGUCACCCACCUGGACAUCGUCACUGCCCAGGGCUUUAAGGCCAUCAUUGACUUCAUGUACUCCGCCCACCUGGCCCUCACCAGCAGAAACGUCAUUGAGGUGAUGUCUGCUGCCAGCUUCCUGCAGAUGACGGACAUUGUGCAGGCUUGCCAUGACUUCAUCAAAGCCGCGCUUGACAUCAGCAUCAAGUCGGAUGCCUCCGAUGAGCUUUCGGAGUUUGAAGUUGGCACCCCGGCCAGCAGCAGCACAGAAGCCCUCAUCUCGGCGGUGAUGGCUGGAAGGAGCAUCUCCCCGUGGCUGGCCCGGCGAACGAGUCCGGCCAAUUCUUCUGGAGACUCAGCCAUCGCCAGUUGCCACGAAGGAGGGAGCAGCCAUGGGAAGGAAGACCAGGAGCCCAAAGGUGACGGCCCUGAGGACGUGGCUUUUCCAUCUCUGUGGCCUGGAGAUGUGGGCUAUGGAUCCCUGCGCAUCAAGGAAGAGCAGAUCUCUCCAUCUCAUUAUGGAGGGAGUGAGCCGCCUUCCACCAAGGACAGUGCAAUUCAGAACUCUCUCUCAGAGCAGGGCUCCAGCGAUGGCUGGCAGCCCUCUGGCCGGCGGAAGAACCGGAAAAACAAGGACACUGUGCGGCACAUCACGCAGCAGGUGGAGGCUGACAGCCGGGCUGGCUCCCCGGUGCCCUCCUUCCUCCCCUCUUCAGGAUGGCCCUUCAGCCGAGACUCAAAUAGAGACCUGACAGUCACCGAGGCCAGCAGCGGGGACGGCCGGGGGGAGAGGACGGAGCUCUAUGCACACGUGGACGAGGGCCUCCUGGGAGGAGAAGCCAGCUACUUAGUCCCUCCACUCACCCCUGAGAAGGACGAGGCACUGCACCAGGCCACUGCUGUGGCCAACCUGCGCGCGGCACUCAUGAGCAAGAACAGCCUGCUGUCUCUGAAGGCGGACGUGCUGGGGGACGACGGCUCCCUGCUGCUGGAGUACCUGCCCAAGGGUGCACACGCCCUGUCCCUGAACGAAUUCACGGUCAUCAGGAAGAAGUUCAAGUGCCCGUACUGCAGCUUCUCUGCCAUGCACCAGUGCAUCCUCAAGCGCCACAUGCGCUCCCACACCGGGGAGCGGCCCUACCCCUGCGAGAUCUGCGGCAAGAAGUUCACUCGCCGCGAGCACAUGAAGCGGCACACGCUGGUCCACAGUAAGGACAAGAAGUAUGUGUGCAAGGUGUGCAGCCGUGUGUUCAUGUCCGCCGCCAGCGUGGGCAUCAAGCACGGCUCGCGGCGCCACGGCGUGUGCACCGACUGUGCUGGCCGGGGCGUGGCCAUGCCCCUGGACCACGGCGGCGGCGAGGCUUCCCCAGAGCCACUUUUUGCUGGCGAAGGGCCCUACCUGGAGGACCCAGAUGACCCACGUGGAGAGGGUGAGGAGGAGCUGGGAGAGGAGGAGGAGGAGGAGGUGGCCAAGUGGAAAGGUGACGUGGGCCUGGCCCAUGAGGACGCGCUGCUGGGCGAGGACAAGGAAGAUGAAGACUCCCCCCAGGGGCCCCGAAGCCCCUCUGGGGACCCUGACAAGGACUUUGCCUGGAUCUCCUAGGGGCCUCUCCGGCCGGAAAGGCGGCUGGUGGCUGCCUUGUUUCGUCCACCCGUGUGUGUGUCUUGUGGGUCUUUACUCACCUGGGGGGGGCAGGGCAGGCCCUCCCCUGCCCCGAAUACCCCACUGAGUGGGAGCCCUGGGGCUUUGGCAGGGGUGUGGAAUAGAUGUGGGCACCGGGAGGGGCUGCGCUCCCACCCAUGCCCACAGGUGUGUGCAGUGUGCGGGCGGGGCUGGGCCCGGGCAUGCACUUGAGGGUGUCAAGCCCUCUGCUGCCUGCUUGGUGAGGGAUGCAAGAUGGCUCUGUGGACAGGUCACAGUGAAGGCAGUUCUGCAGGCCACUGCUCCCAGCAGAUGUCGAGUUUUGCGUAUACCUGAGCUGUGUCUGCCUGCAGCACUGCCCACGCGGCUCCGCUCCCAGCCGGCGAGGUAGCUCUGUCCCCGCCUCACCAGUGGCCCCUUCUCAGCUCCUGCCACCAGGUCCAGUGCAGAGUCCUGUGAUCUUUUUACCUCCACGCUUUGGUGCUUAACACAAAAUGGCUGCAGAUUCCCACCUGAGGAGGCCCAGCUGCAGGUGCUAUCUCUGGUGGAAGCAGCCCAGCCCCCAGCCAACAGGGUGAGGGGCUGCAGCCCUCCAGAAGGGUCCUGUGCCCCCAGGUCAGACCCCCGUGGGUUCCAGUGGGUGGGCCUUAGCGCUUCAUCCUCCAAGCACCUCUCGUCCACCCUGGGCACCAGCUAACUCCGGGCUCUGCCCUGGUUGCUGCUAACACUGGAGGAGAACGUUCCCGCUGCAGGUGCCACCAACACCUCCCUACCUGGGUAACCAGAUUUCCAAGUAGUCAGAGGCUAGUGGAGUAGUUACGGAAAAUUAUUUUGUUUGGUAUUAUUUUUCACGUGACAAACGAUAUAGGGUUGUUUCCUUUAGCUCCUGUAGCUCACUGUCAAGUCUUCUUGCUGUAUUUAUAAAGGCGCUCACCCCACCUUCAUUCUUCCCGAGUGAAACAGUGAAGGCCCACGUGCAUCUUCCGCCCUGCGUGUCUGGGACCCCGAGGCGGGCUGCUUGCCCAGGCUGUAGGCCCCCCUGCCCCUCCUUCAGGCUGUGUCUGGCCGGGCUGUGGAGACACCCCACCCCUCCACCUCACAGGGCUCCUCAGGCUGCUGCUGGCACGGGAUGGAGACCAGCUUUGCUUUUCUUUUUCAGACUGUAAGCCAAAUGACUUUUACCAACUUUUUUACUGUGUCACAUGUGUUCUCUUAGGCAAGGAAAGGAAAAGGCCCCAUGGCUGUGUCCAGUGCCGUCUCCCUGAGCACCAGCCGCCCUGGGGGCUGCCCCGUCUGGAUGUAGCUGAUAAGGUGCUGUCCUUGUGGUCUGUGCCAUGGGGAAGAACCGGGGCUCUUAUUUAAAAAUAAAGUCAGCCACUGUUUCCCCCAAUAUCGGAAAGCACUCUGGACAGCUUGCCUAUACAUCCUCAGGGGUGCUGUGAGCUCCUUGGAGCCAGAACUUCAGGAUGCCCUGCUCGCCGCCCACUCAGUGGGUGCUCUGGGGGCUACUCCCCAGUAGGGCAGCAAAGCUAACCCAACAAAGCUCCGGGCUGGCUCCCUCCAGCCUUGCCAGACCCUCUUGAGGGCUCUCAGAACUUUCUACCCUUCUCCCACUUUUUAAAUGCCUUUUCUAAACACUUACUUUCUUAUAAAAUGCAUUUGGAAACCAGGCCUUUGCUACCAGUGUCUAGAUUUUCUACCUGUCCCGCCUAGGACCUCCGGGCCGCCUCCCAGGCCCCUCAGCCUCUGCUCUCAGGAUGUCUGCCCUCUGUGGGCUCUGCUCUGGCUUCCUUCCUGGGGGUUCUCUGCUGCUGCCACAGGGCAGUUCCUUGAAACCAAUACUGUACUGGAAACCCAAGGGCCAAAUCCCUGCCCCACCACCUUCCCCAGGUGCUUGCUAUGCGAAAGGCUUUGUUCUAACUCAGUUUGCUACUGGAGAGUAUGAAAUUCAGAGACCCAGAUGAAUACAUCCAUCUCAGGAGUCAAGAGAGAAAAGUAUGUAAUGAAGGGGUUUGUUUGUUUUUUUACGUGACUGAUUUUUUUUAAAUCAAUGUUCAAACUAAUAAAUAUUUUUUUAUGAAGAGGAAAAAUGUGUAGAUUACAUUUCACAUUUUGUAUUUUUUUUUCCUGUGUCUGCGUAUUUUGGUGUGACACCAAAUGGAGAAUGUGGUCCACAGGGAGGGUGGAGGGUAGGGAAACCACAGGCCUUUUCUACUGAGCCCUGGGUCCUGACCAGAUUGUAGAUGUGAACUCUCUGGGUUUUGGGAAACAGGACACUGCCAGGACUCGACAGGGACCUGAAUCAGAAAACACAGCUUUGCUUCCAACUUUGCACAUCUUCCUUUAAAAAAAACUGAGAAAAAUGCAAAAACUGGAAUUUUUUGCAAUAUUAUGAAAGAUAAUCUUACUUUGGCUCAUUCUGUGACAUGUGCAACUCUUAAGAAAGCCAUAUUUAAUGGUGGUUGUCUUUUGUUCUUAGACCCUGUGUUGUGUUUUGUAUGUAGCCCUUUUAGAACCGCUGUAGUGAGGGUGCUGCGCGUGCUUUUCUGAAAUAUUUAUUUUUUCAACAUGCUUUCAACCUGUCAAAAAUAGAAUAGAUAAAAAGGUCAGUGUUUGAAGAUUGUUGAUUUUCUCUGGAGAUAAUCUAUAUUAUAUUGACUUUAUAUUAAUUAUUAUAAACCUGUGUUUGUACUGAAGAUGUGUUUAAUAUUUGGGGGAGGAGGUUUUUCGUAAUCAGUUGGUGGGAAAUCACAGCUCUGUCCUUCUGCGUCUCUGUAGCCACGGGACAGGUAAGCAUUACCUUCUCCAGUGGAUCUUGAGGUUUCUUGUCUGCCUCCUGUGUUCCAGGCUGCCUGUGGGUUUCCUUUCUGUGAUGGGAUUAGCAUAGACAUUCUUGCAAAUGAUUGCUUUCAAUAAAUCCGGAAAUGGCUGCUCCAAGCAGACGCCUCCUGUGUGUUUCACAGUGCCUUUCCGUGGCCUUGCCCUGGUGGGGGUGACUAGAGG